AUGUCCACUUUUGCAUUCUUACUUCUUUGCAUCCAGGCUUGCCUCAUUCAGCAAGCCUACAGCCAAAUAUAUGGCCUCCGACCUUCAUACGGCGCUGCGGGUUACGGCGAAGUAGAUGUUACUGCCAUUGAGGUCGACACAUUCGGCGGCGGCGCGGUUGGCUACAACGGUGGCUUGGGAAUUGGAGGCUUGGGAGUUGGCAACUUGGGAUUGGCUGGCAUUAACAAUUUAGGAUUGGCUGGCAUCAAUAACAUAGGACUGGCUGGAGCUGGUGGCUUGGGAUUGGCUGGAGUGGGCAUCAACUCUGGACUUGGUCUCGGAUUAAACUCCGGUCUCGGUUUGGGUAUUGGCAAUGUUGGAAUUGGCGGACUUGGCGUUGGCUCGGUCGGUCUUGCCGGCGUCGGCGCUGGCUACGGCGGUGUGGGUAACGGCGCUCUCGCCGUCGCUGGAGAGCUGCCAGUCUCUGGCACCACCAUCGUCAAUGGCGCCGUGCCAGUGCUUGGCGCUGUGACCUUCAGCGGUAGCCUGCCAGCUGCUGGCGCCGUCUCCAUCUCUGGCAACUGUGGAUGCGGCGGUGUACCCUACGGAACCUUCUAA